CUUUAACUCUCCGCAGGCUACCCAACGAGCAGACUCCAUCCCGAUUGGCCCGCGGCCGGCUUCACUGGCCAAUCAGAGGGCAGCCUGCUGGUCCUCGGGAGCUGACGUGGGUGGCGUUCAUUAGUGCCUGGGUGCUGCGUCAACAGUUUACCGGGCCCUGCCGGCCUUUGGUCCGGUAACACGAAAAGAGGGGGUGUCAGGCGCAGCGGCCGCGUCCGUCACUGUAUCGAUCCCCAGUGAACAUGGCGGGGUACCUCAAGGCUCUGACGACCGCGUCGAGGCGUGCAGCCGCUGCUGCGCUGCCGCCGAACCCCGCAGCGCUCGCACCGGCCGCCGCCUGCCACCUCGGACCGCAACAGAGGAACUAUGCAACAAAGCGCAUCAAGGUGGACCAGCCGGUGGUGGAGAUGGACGGAGAUGAGAUGACUCGCAUCAUUUGGGAGUUCAUCAAAGAGAAGCUCAUCCUGCCCAACGUGGACGUUGAGCUGAAGUACUUUGACCUGGGUCUGCCCUACCGAGACCAGACUAAUGACCAGGUCACCAUUGACUCCGCUCUGGCGACUAAGAAAUACAAUGUGGCUGUCAAGUGUGCCACCAUCACCCCUGAUGAGGCCAGAGUUGAGGAGUUUAAGCUAAAGAAGAUGUGGAAGAGUCCUAAUGGAACCAUCAGGAACAUCUUGGGCGGCACAGUUUUCCGUGAGCCAAUCCUCUGUAAAAACAUUCCACGUCUUAUUCCAGGUUGGACACAACCCAUAACAAUCGGCAGACAUGCUUUUGGCGAUCAGUACAGGGCCACAGACUUUGUUGUCGACCAGCCUGGCAAGUUUAAGAUAGUGUUUUCCCCAGCUGAUGGAGGCCAGCAGCAGGAGUGGGAGGUGUAUGACUUUCCCGCCGGGGGCUGUGGGAUGGGAAUGUACAACACUGAUGAGUCCAUCAGUGGAUUUGCUCACAGCUGCUUCCAGUAUGCCAUCCAGAAGAGGUGGCCUCUGUACAUGAGCACCAAAAACACCAUCCUCAAGGCCUACGACGGGCGCUUCAAGGACAUCUUCCAGGACAUCUUUGAGAAGAAGUACAAGUCGGAGUUUGACAAGCUGAAGAUCUGGUAUGAACACCGUCUCAUUGAUGACAUGGUGGCCCAGGUUCUGAAGUCCUCUGGGGGAUUUGUUUGGGCCUGCAAGAAUUACGAUGGAGAUGUGCAGUCAGACAUUCUGGCUCAGGGCUUUGGGUCUCUUGGUCUCAUGACAUCAGUACUGGUGUGUCCUGACGGUAAGACUAUCGAGGCCGAGGCUGCCCACGGCACCGUCACCAGGCACUACCGUGAGCACCAGAGGGGAAGACCAACCAGUACCAACCCCAUUGCCAGUAUCUUUGCUUGGACCAGGGGACUGGAGCACAGAGGCAAACUGGAUGGAAAUCCUGACUUGAUAAAGUUCUCCCAGACGUUAGAAAAAGUCUGCGUGGAAACUGUGGAAAGCAGUGUGAUGACCAAGGACCUUGCAGGCUGCAUCCACGGCUUGGCCAACUGCAAGCUGAAUGAACAUUAUGUCAACACAGCAGACUUCCUGGACGCUAUCAAGACCAAUCUGGACAAAGCUCUGGGCAAAUGAGGAAACAGUCAGAAGACACACUUGCCAAUGUAGAGAGACAAACCCUGUCUAGAUUUUUAGCUCGUUUUUACCUGUCGUUUGUAUGAACCUUUGUAUCCAAUUUUGAAGGAACCAAGUUUGCUAUUUUCUGUGGCUUUUUUGUAUUUGUAUACCUCCCUGACACAUUACUGUUCCUCUGCCUUUCCUAUUGCCAACAGCCCAUAUUUUAUUGCACAAAUUGAAUGAUUGUACUGUAUGAAUUAAUAUUAAUGUUAAUGUUAACUUAUAAUGGCCAUUUAAGUCUUUUCAGAUUUAAUUAGAAGGCAUUUUCAGGGAACAGUAUGUACAAAUUAGGAAAAUAAUACCAUGUUUUGCACUGUCAACAUGAAUACAAAAAAGAAAUAGUGACUGCUAAUCUCUCAGUAACAAGCAGUGUCCGUCGACCAGU